AUGAACCUUGACUUCGCCGCUCUCCGCAAUAAAAACAAAGUGCUUGACAGCCAUCCAUGCCUUGCGGUACUUGUCCAGCCAGGUAGGAUCCUGGUUCUUGAUCAAAUCGUGAAAAGUAGUGCUGACCAUUGUGACCGACUUGUCGGCUGUCCGGAGCAUGUUGAUGGCAUCCACUAUGUUGUAAGGCUGGCUCUUGACGAGGGUAGAAUCCGUGAGCGGAGGAAACGGAGGAAGGAAGGGAGUGCCGGUCAUGAGGAAGGCGUCAAUGAAGUGUGGCUCGCUGACGUUGAGCACCUUCAUUACGUUCUUUUUGGAGAUGGCCGCGCAGGUGUUGCUGGUCCAGUCGAUCGAGCGGAUGACGCAGUCUUGAAUAGGGUAGAGCAUCAACUCCAACGGGCCCAUGAUGCCGCCGCAUUGAUCAGAGUCGAUCAUGUCCAGGUAUGCGAUCUGCGCAGCAGCAUUGUAAGGCGCGACCAGAAAGUGAAGUUUUCGCAGCCUCAGCUCCUCUUGGAGCAUGGGAUAUAA